CCUCCCUCGCCUUCUUUCUCACCAGCUACUCUUCUCCAAGCCUGAGCUGAGCCAGGCUGGUCUCAGGCGGACACUGACAGACUUCACAGAAGCCCCAGCGGCUGCUCAGAUACCAGUGGCAGGAGGAAGGCCUAGAAGCUGUCCACAGCCAUGUCUGCCUUGGGCCUGGUCAUUCUGGGUCUGCUCAUGGCAGUGCCACCUGCCAGCUGUCAACAAGGCCUGGGGAACCUGCAGCCCUGGAUGCAGGGCCUUAUUGCUGUGGCUGUGUUCCUGGUCCUCGUUGCAAUCGCCUUUGCUGUCAACCACUUCUGGUGCCAGGAAGAGCCGGAGCCCACGGACAUGGUCAUGACGGCUGGAAACAAGGCAGAUGGCAUCCUGGUAGGUAUGGAUGGAAAGUACUCCUCGAUGGCGGCUGACUUCAGGUCCAGUGAACAUGAGAAUGCCUAUGAGAACAUCCCUGAGGAGGAGGUCAGGGUCCAGGUCACCCCCAUGUAAACCCCACCUGCCUGUGGCCGGAGGCCUGGUCCCAGGGGUCUGUGACUGAUGCUCAGCUCACCACCCAUGUUACUCCUCCUCCUCACAGGAACCCACAGUAAGGGCCCGAUUCCUCCAACUGCACACUGGCCCCACCCUCCCUUGAAUUGUACCAGCCAAGCUGGGAGUUCAGGCUGGCACCACCCGUCUGCUGCAUCUCUCUGCCCCCAACCAUGAAAAUGGCCCUUAUUUCUGUGAAAUAAAGAUAUUUUGUACCUCUGGGCCUGAUGUUCCAGGGCUCAGAAAAGGCCCUUCAGGCUUCCAGCCAG